CCUCUCCAACUACCAACUACAGUCUGAAAAUAUCCUGAACUAAACCUUUGCACAAUAACUGUUUAUUUUUCAACCACAGAAAAGUGCAGGGGCGCACUGCGCUUUUACGCAUGGAAGUUGGAAUCAGCCUCAAUACAUUUACGCAUGGCUGUGUCUCGUCUCUUCGGAAUAAGCGUCCGGGCUUUUAAGAGCUUCUCAGGGCGUCAAUUGCGGGGUAAAAAGUGAGCAAAGAUGCGGGGCACUGAACUGCUGCUUGGUUACUUUCUUGUAAAAGUUAUGUUGUGCGACGCGGAGGGGCAGCCGGGUCAGACCGCCGACGACUUCAUGCUGGUGACCGGGUUUAAUAACUCAAAGGAAUUGGAGAGCGGGGUCACGGAGAGCCCGCAAAUGGAGGACAAGUGCCGCGGCUACUACGACGUGAUGGGCCAGUGGGACCCGCCGUUUGUGUGCAUGACGGGCAGCUACCUGUACUGCUGCGGCACCUGUGGCUUCAGGUUCUGCUGCGCGUUUAAAAGCUCCCGGCUGGACCAGACCACCUGUAAGAACUACGACACCCCGCCGUGGAUGAUGACAGGAAGACCGCCACCGAAAGUGGAUGUGGCGCUGGACUCCGCGAAGGAUAAAACCAACCUCAUUGUGUAUGUCAUAUGCGGGGUCGUGGCCAUAAUAGCACUGAUAGGAAUUUUCACCAAGCUAGGUUUGGAGAAGACGCACCGUCCGCACAGAGACAAUAUGUCAAGAGCUCUGGCACACGUCAUCCGCCAUCCUGCCUCAGAACACACGGACGACAUUGGACUUGGCCAGCACUAUGAGAACAUACAAACCAGAGUCACACUUAACAGUCUACAUAGCAGCCACAUGAACAACGCGGCUCAAGCUGCGACUUUGAUAACGCAGCUUUACCCGGCUGUGGGUCAGAUCACCAGCCCCUAUGAGCAGCAGCCCGUCAAGGACCUCAACAAGUACGCCACGCUCAAGGCAGUGGCAGAGAAAGCGAAUGACAGCUUCUACAGCAACCGGCACCAAGUGAUCGAGAUGACAACCAAGGGCAGCCUUCCCAUGGAAGCUGUGGAUAUGGAGCCAGAGCCGAGUAAUCCUUACAGCUCACCCAGACAGCUGUCUGCAAAGCAGAACGGACACAAGUACAAAAGCUCCAGGAGCCACAGCUCGCAGUUGCUGUCCUACGGCUCCAACACCGCUGCCAGCCCGGGGGUGCUAAGGUCCUGGGAGAGCAAGGACAUGAUGGGACUCCGACAGAGCUACGGAUCAAAUAAACUCUGCUUCAUAGAGAAGGAGCUGCACACCACUCGCUACAUGCCUCCACAACCAUACUUUGUCACCAACAGCAAGACAGAAGUGACAGUAUGAGGGAUUGUGUAAGCGUCAGGCUGGACCUCAGUCUGCUUUAAAGAGGCGGUAGCUGCUGUGGGUGGUGUGGUAGGAAAGCAGCAUGGACCGAAGUAUGUGCCGUUGUGCAUGUGAGUGAUGAGCAGCAUUUAAGACGCCACCUCAAGGUGAGGCACUGCAACAGGACUCGGUAUCAGUCCCUGUUCCUCAGGAGGGCACCGUGAUGAACAGGUCAUCGAUAUUCAUAUAAUCCAACUGCUAAAAACACAAACGUUACUCCUAUACAUGUAUCCCAUCAGUACACACCGAGAUAUCAAUGGACCCUAACAUUUAAGUAGAUCAUUUUUGAUUAAAUCCACAUUUCUUAUUUAUCUAAUCAAGGUUGAGCGGUUAAUUGGGUUAAUUAACAAAAUAACUCUGGCACUGCUACACUGCUAAGUGUUGGAUCAAGAUGACACAUUUGAGUUAGUUUUAAACCAACCAACAUGUGUCGUGUUUACCGUUUCAUUUCUAAGUUGAUGUGCAGAGGACGCCAGGGCAUUCCUGAGCAGAUGAUACCGAGGAUGAGGAGAGAGACACGUUUCUAAUAAUGGCUUUUUGUGGGACAACGGCUGCUCGUCCUGCACAGAGGUGUGUGUGUGUGUGGAUCUAUAGAGACGUAAAAGCCACAUGAAUUCUGAUACGACUGUACAGACAUAUUGCAAAAAAACUGAUUUAGGACCAGAUCAAUGGAAACGAUCAGGUUCCAUAGUGUGUACUGUUCAAACUUAUGAAUAAAAACACCAAUCUGACAUAUACACAUAAAAGAAAAUCUGAUUUAGGCUGACUGUUGCCUGCAGUUGGAACAUAAAGACAAUAAGCUCUCAAUAAUCCUCCAACGCUAACUUAAAAACAUGAGCGAUAUCUUCGGAUGGCCAUGAAUAUCACUGAGACAUACAUGUUGUUAUUCAGGUUUGUUUCCGCUCUGCAUCCGUUUUUGGAGCGAUUCAUAAGUUUAUCAUUCAGUAUUUCUAAAAUAUAGAAGAAUCAAGUCUGUGAAAGUGUUACCGUUGACCUAAAGGACUUAAUAUACAUUAACAAGUCCAUUUACAUUGUGAAUGUAAUGUCCCUUUUUAAAGUGAAACCUUCCAAAUGCAAACCGAGUCCCUGCCAACAGAUGAUGACGAGGAGAAGUAGCAGCAGUGUUGAGCCGGUGUCGUGUUGGUGUAAUAGUGCCUCUCAUUAGUACCAGCAUGUGUGUGCUUAUCCUAGAGGAUAUUGUAGAUGAAGCCCCAGUAUUAGAAGGGUCUUAGUGAUCCAUUAUGUCCAAAAGCAAAAGUCCUUUUCAGUGUGAAGAUGGAGGCUCAGAGCUUUUAUUAAAAAACUAUGAUUUCAUUCCAAAUCUCACAUUUAUUGAAUGUAUCUGGACGGGACAGUGUGGAGCGAGUGUUUCAAGGUUCUUCUGUCAGGAUGAAUGUAAAACAGUUACAUGGACGCUACAAAGAGUGUUGUGUUGUCGGCCUACUAACAUUUAAUAACUUUCCAAACUGUUGUUCUUCUGACUUGAUGGGAAUUUUCCCAGCCGGGAACUCAUUUUUACAGAUUAUUCCAACACCACUUGAAUGCAGCACAAACUCUCUCAUUGUUAACGAAAGUAAAACUUAGAUUUUGUAUCCGCAUGCUGCACCCUUUCUACAAAAGGUGUCAGUGUCGGCGGCGGUAAUAAUAAAUGACGUAUAAACAGUGUUUUUGUCUGAUGGACCCGAGCGACUUACUACAUGAACAUAAUUACCUGCUGUUGUGGUAUUUUAAUUAACUGUUAAACAUGUUUUAAUAUUAGUCACCACUUCUUAACUCAGCUAAAGCACAAAGAACCCAUUGAAAGGGAACAUUCAUGACGCUCUUGGUAACAUGUUUUUAAUAAACAAAAGGUUCUCUGAUGCAAUUAAUCAUUUAUUUCACUGAUUUCGCAGCCAAGCCAUGUAAAAAAGAUGCUCACGCCUGCAGGUCUUACUCAUGCCGCUGACUAUUUCUAGCAGCCGAAGACAAAGCUGCACUCAUAAUACACACAAGUGGAAAGUGGGCACUGAUGGUACAGUAUAGGUGUAUUUAUGUAUCAUCAAGUCGUAGCCGUUAAUAUUCUCACAGACGGUAUGCACUAUUUUACUAAAUAUGCAGAUCUCGUGCACCUAACUGUCCGUUCACGUAGAUAAUCCACUCAGUGUUUCACAGUUAUAUGAAAUGUGUUGCUCACACUUUCCAAACUAAACUAUUCAUUCAGCGGAGACGUUUAUUCAUGCAAACAAUGUUGUACAGUGACCAUUCAACACUUGUGUUUUUGUGAAUGCAAAUUGUUUAAUUUUGUUCCUCAAAAGAUGCUGAAAUCAGUGUCACUAAGCUGCAGAGCACAUGUACACAUGCCGACUGUAAUACUGCCAGGUAAAGACAGGUGUAUAAUAUCUAGCUUUGCAACACAGCAGCAAUGUUAUAUGUUGGUGACGUUGAAAGGAAACUCUGUAAGAAUAUGUUAACUAACGUUUUAAUGAAUGUUAUGCGUCUUUAUGUGCAAUACAAAGUUGUUUUGGCUCAAGAUGCUCUGUUAACUAUAUUCAUUUGUAUUUGUACAUUUCACGUCCUACAUUCAGUUAUUGAACAUGUUUCCAGUGUCCUGCAAAAAACCUUGAAUCUCUGAAAUGCAAAAUGUGUUGUAUUGAAUUAUAUGAAAUGACAGUUUCAUUGUUUUAUUGUUAUAGUUUCAGUGCAGUCUGGUACGUCGAUACAAGGUUUCUGCAGGAUGCAACUUAUCUUCAUGUGUUAGAUACAACCAUCCAAAUGUAGCAAAGCUUGUACAAAGAAACGGCAACGAUACAACUGUAGCACGAUGUUAGUGGACUCACGUACCGUCCAGCUGGCCGGUAAACAACGUCAGUACAGCUUUAAGCAUUUCGUUUAACAGACUUUCUUUUGACCUAAAUAUUUGUCUGAUGGAAGAGUCGUGUAGAUGCAUGUAAAUCACAAGAACUACAUUUCCACAGAUGUAAUUGAUCUGUGGCGUCUUUAGUGCUUAAUAAACCUCUUUUGUUGUUUAUUUACUUCCCUUUAAAUUUGGAUUCUGGCUCAA